CAAAACCUUAGUUGUGUUCUUUCCAUUUCUUUUCCUUUUGCUUUAAUUUUAUUUGUCGUUUAUUAAUUUGCCACAUUUUUCACUACUGUAUUUUGGUCGGCAUCUGAUUAUAACUAUCUGAUCUUUCAACCCUUCUCAAAUCCUUCAAUUUUUUCUUAAAAAUUAAACCCUAAUUCUUGUUUCAUUUCUGAGAUUUUCUCUCGUAAAUGGAUCGGUUUCUUUGAGGAGCAAUUGUUUCGCUGCAAUUUUUUUUUUCUUUUUUUGCUGACGGAGGAAGCAACGAGAAGAGAUGGCGCGGCAAAUGACGUCAUCUCAGUUCCACAAAUCAAAGACUCUCGACAACAAAUAUAUGCUGGGAGAUGAAAUCGGUAAAGGAGCUUAUGGCCGAGUUUAUAAAGGAUUAGACUUGGAGAAUGGAGACUUUGUGGCCAUUAAGCAAGUGUCGCUGGAAAAUAUUGUUCAAGAGGAUCUUAACACUAUUAUGCAAGAAAUUGAUCUGUUAAAGAAUUUGAACCAUAAAAACAUUGUGAAGUAUCUGGGUUCGUCAAAGACAAAGACUCAUCUUCACAUCAUUCUGGAGUACGUUGAGAAUGGUUCUCUUGCAAACAUUAUUAAACCAAAUAAAUUUGGACCUUUCCCAGAGUCGUUGGUGGCUGUUUACAUUGCUCAGGUCUUGGAAGGUUUGGUAUAUCUGCAUGAGCAGGGUGUCAUACACCGUGAUAUCAAGGGUGCAAACAUUUUGACGACAAAGGAGGGUCUUGUUAAGCUUGCUGACUUUGGAGUUGCCACUAAACUAAACGAAGCUGAUGUUAACACUCACUCAGUGGUUGGAACUCCUUACUGGAUGGCUCCUGAGGUUAUUGAAAUGUCGGGAGUUUGUGCUGCUUCUGACAUUUGGAGCGUUGGAUGCACUGUUAUCGAACUUCUUACAUGUGUACCUCCUUACUAUGAUCUACAACCGAUGCCAGCCCUCUUUCGUAUUGUUCAGGAUGAUAACCCUCCUAUUCCCGACAGUCUUUCUCCAGAUAUUACAGACUUCCUACGACAAUGCUUCAAGAAGGAUUCUAGGCAGAGGCCUGAUGCAAAGACGUUGCUCUCUCACCCUUGGAUACGGAACUCUAGAAGAGCAUUGCAGUCCUCACUUCGGCAUAGUGGAACCAUCAAAUACAUGAAGGAAGCCGCUGCAAGUUCAGAGAAAGAUGGUGAAGGUAGUCAAGAUGUAGCUCAAAGCCUUUCAGCAGAAAAGGUUGGGAUGUCAAAUACUGACUCGAAAAGCAAAUUACCUCUGGUAGGGGUGGCGAGUUUUAGGUCUGAGAAAGAUCAGUCUUCACCCAAUGAUCUUUGUGAAGAAGGAACGGAUAAUUCAGAAGAUGAUCUUAUGUCAGAUCAAGUUCCUACAUCUUCUAUUCAUGAGAAAUCUUCUCUUCAAAGUACUUGCAGUAUGUCUUCGGAUGCAAAAGGGACAUCUGAAGAUGUAUCAGAGAUUCAUGGGAAAUCUGAACAUGAUGAGCUACCUGGAAAUCUUGAAACGGAAGCUAGAAAGAAUACUUUAGAAAAGCAGGUUGGAAAAGAAUCUUCCAUCCAGGUGGACCAGCCAUCACAGAGUUCUAGCCAAAAAAGUGAAGAUCGUAGGCGUCGAAAGGCUGUGAAGACUCCAUCCAGUGUUGGUGGGAAUGAACUGACUAGAUUUAGUGACCCUCCUGGUGAUGCUUCUUUGCAUGAUUUGUUUCAUCCAUUGGAUAAAGUUCCCGAGGGAAAACCAAAUGAAGCCUCAACAUCAAUGUCUACAUCAAAUGCCAUCCAGGGUGAUUCUCCUGUUGCAGAUGGUGGAAAGAAUGAUCUGGCAACAAAAUUAAGGGCUACAAUUGCUCAGAAGCAAAUGGAGGGUGAAACAGGGCAGCCAAAUGAUGGUGGUGAUCUUUUCCGCUUAAUGAUGGGUGUUUUGAAAGAUGAUGUUAUUGACAUUGAUGGCUUGGUAUUUGAUGAUAAAGUUCCCGCAGAGAAUCUUUUUCCUCUGCAGGCAGUGGAGUUCAGCAGAUUGGUGAGCUCCUUAAGGCCAGAUGAAUCAGAAGAUGCAAUAGUAUCUUCCUGUCAGAAACUUGUUGUCAUGUUUCGUCAAAGACCUGAGCAGAAGGCAGUGUUUGUGACACAGCAUGGUUUCCUCCCUCUAAUGGAUCUACUCGAUAUUCCUAAAUCUCGAGUAAUAUGUGCCGUGCUGCAGCUGAUAAACGAAAUUAUUAAAGAUAACACGGACUUCCAGGAAAAUGCUUGUCUUGUUGGUCUCAUUCCUGUGGUAAUGAGUUUUGCUGGUCCUGAAAGGGAUCGUUCUCGAGAAAUUCGCAAGGAAGCAGCUUACUUCUUGCAGCAGCUUUGUCAAUCAAGCCCCUUGACAUUGCAAAUGUUCAUAGCUUGCCGUGGAAUACCAGUUUUGGUGGGAUUUCUUGAAGCAGAUUAUGCCAAAUACAGGGAGAUGGUUCACUUAGCUAUUGAUGGGAUGUGGCAGGUAUUCAAACUAAAAAAAUCCACCCCGAGAAAUGAUUUCUGCCGUAUAGCUGCAAAGAAUGGAAUUCUUCUUAGGCUAAUCAACACUCUGUAUAGCUUGAAUGAGGCAACCCGGCUGACUUCUAUCUCAGGGGGCUCACUGAGUGUGGAUGGUCAAGCUCCACGAGCCCGCUCUGGUCAACUUGACCCUAACAAUCCUAUUUUUAGUCAGCAUGAGACUUCACUCAGUGUGAUUGACCAGCCUGAUGCGUUGAAAACUAAGCAUGGAGGUGGUGAAGAGCCUUCUCAUGCUUCAACUUCAAAUUCUCAAAGAUCAGAUAUCCAUCAACCAGAUGCCUUACUCCCAGAUGGUGAUAGGCCUAGAUUAAGCAGUGUUGCAGCAGAUGCCUCUACGUUGGGCACAGAAGAUGUUAGACAACAGCAUCGGUUAUCUCUCUCCGCCAAUAGGACAUCGACAGAUAAGCUUCAGAAGCUAGCAGAGGGUGCCUCUAAUGGUUUUCCUGUUACUCAGCCAGAACAAGUUCGACCUUUACUUAGCUUGUUGGAGAAAGAACCCCCUUCAAGACAUUUUUCUGGUCAGCUGGAUUAUGUGAAGCACAUUACUGGCAUAGAGAGACAUGAAAGUAGACUUCCUCUCUUGCAUGGCUCAAAUGAAAAGAAACCUAACGGAGACCUAGAUUUUCUGAUGGCCGAAUUUGCAGAGGUCUCUGGACGUGGAAAGGAAAAUGGAAAUCUUGAUAGUACGCCUAGGUUUUCCAGUAAAACAAUGACAAAGAAGGUUGUGGGUAUUGAAGGAGUAGCUUCGACGUCGGGGAUUGCAUCUCAGACAGCAUCUGGAGUAUUGUCAGGUUCGGGUGUUCUAAAUGCUAGACCUGGAAGUGCCACAUCAUCUGGUUUACUUGCCCAUAUGGUCUCUACGCUGAGUGCAGAUGUGGCAAGGGAGUACUUGGAGAAAGUGGCUGAUCUGCUUCUUGAAUUUGCUCGAGCUGAUACAACAGUAAAAUCAUACAUGUGCAGCCAAAGCUUACUCAGCCGUCUUUUCCAGAUGUUUAACCGUGUGGAACCUCCUAUUCUGUUAAAGAUACUGGAGUGCACCAAUCAUUUAUCAACUGAUCCAAAUUGCUUGGAGAACCUUCAGCGUGCAGAUGCAAUUAAGCAUUUGAUCCCCAACCUUGAGCUUAAGGAUGGGAAUCUUGUUUAUCAGAUCCAUCACGAGGUGCUUAGUGCGCUAUUCAACCUGUGCAAGAUAAACAAGAGAAGGCAGGAACAAGCGGCUGAGAACGGAAUCAUACCGCACCUGAUGCUUUUCAUCAUGUCGGACUCUCCUCUAAAACAAUAUGCAUUACCACUUCUAUGUGAUAUGGCUCAUGCAUCUCGGAAUUCGAGAGAGCAGUUAAGAGCCCACGGUGGUCUGGAUGUUUAUCUGAGUUUGCUUGACGAUGAAUAUUGGUCCGUGAUAGCCUUAGAUUCAAUAGCUGUUUGCUUGGCGCAAGACAAUGACAACAACCACAAGGUGGAGCAGGCGUUGCUCAAGAACGACGCAAUUCAGAAAUUAGUUAACUUCUUCCAGAGCUGCCCGGAGAGACACUUUGUGCACAUCUUGGAGCCAUUCUUGAAGAUUAUUACGAAAUCAUCUCGGAUCAACAAGACACUAGCUGUAAAUGGGUUGACUCCGUUGCUAAUUUCAAGGCUAGACCACCAAGAUGCGAUUGCUCGACUUAAUCUCCUGAAACUCAUCAAGGCUGUUUACGAGCACCAUCCAAAGCCAAAACAGCUGAUCGUAGAGAACGACCUGCCUCAAAAACUGCAGAAUCUGAUAGAAGAACGACGUGAUGGACAACGUUCAGGAGGCCAAGUUCUGGUGAAGCAAAUGGCAACAUCUCUCCUCAAAGCACUUCACAUCAACACAGUCUUGUGAGUCAAGCGACCAAAUUAUCCCUUGGGACUGUACAUUUACUCCCAUUUUUUUCCAAGAAGAAUUCACCCUCAAGUGUAUAUCUUCUUCUGCUUCCUUUUCAUUUACCAAAGGGUGGAGAUUGAAACAUAAAGAUCUGUAAUUGUUGCGUUGUGUGGGUCUCUUGUGUUUUUUUAAGUCCCUCGAGAGAUUCCGACACAUCUUCUUGCUUUUGUAAUAUAUAUAUUCAACUUAGUAUUUGUAAAAACAUUAUUUUGUGAUAUUUUGAAUUCUGCUGUCGAUGAGUACGUUCGUGAAUGAAAAAAUACGGAGGUUUGGUAGAUAAACUGUCUUUUUAACACACAAUACAAUACAGAGGUUUGAUUUCUUAUCUGUUUUUUUUUCUGUCCAUCUGAAAAUACGUUAGUCAUAAACUCGAUCAUCGAACAUGUCUUUUGCUACUUGAUCAACGAGUAUUAAGGGUUUUUAACUAUACGUUUCUACUUGAUCAUCGAGUAUAAACUCGAUCAUGUCUUUUGCUACUUGAAGCUCUGUAAUUAUUAUUUAAUUUCUUAAGAUUGAAUCCAGAAAGCAACUCGAUCAUGUCUUUUGCUACUUGUAGCUCUGCAACUAUUAUUUAAUUACUUAUGAUUGAAACCAGAAAGUGAAGAUUUAUAUUUUCAUCUAAUAGAAUGAACCAGUUGGUUGUGUUUUAACAUUGAUUUCAGAAAGUCCAAUCACUAUCUCCAUGGCUAUAGUCAGUCUUGUAUACAAUCCCGUCGAAAAAUCCAUUAUCAUUGCAUGAUUAGUACUGAAUUCUCCUUGCGAGUAACUCAAAAAGCAGUCCAAAUUCAAUAUUUUUGCCUAAGCAAGGAAAAUUGUGAUAUUUUGGAUACAAUGAUCAACAAAUAGAUAAGUAUUGCAAAAAGAAAUGUGAUCCUAUAACAUUGGAGCGUUUCUCUAUGGUUAACACAUAACAGAGACUACUCAAGCAGAUAGGAUCUUCCUGUUUUUUAAUUUAUGCACAAAUAAAAUCCUCGAAACCACGCUUAGAAUAAAUCUAAAAAGCUUCGAAGAAGAACUAUGUGCAAUCACAACAUAAAAAUCUCGAAUUAAUGAUGUACAAGUAAAAGAAUUUAAAACGUCGUAAAUGCUCAACAUUCAGAAAGAAAAAUAAGAGAUGGUGCUCAGAAAUUUUAUGAAUGGUUGGGAAGUAUUUAUCCUCAAUAAAAAUCAGAUUAACGAGAUUUAUAAACCCAUCAUCACUGCACCCUCUAUAAAUCAAUUUUGUAAACCAAGAAAAUCCACUCAAACAAAAUAAAAGUUGAAUCGAAAGGAAGAAGAAAAAGCA